GUCUGUAUUGUUAGGCCUUCUUGAGUGGGAUUUUGAAUGCAGGACUUUUACUUGUACUGUAGUUUGUUUGUUUUUUUACAUUGUUUGAUACUAAAGUAGAAGGUCUGAGUACUUUUUCCAACACUGACCGGUAAUACCUUAAAUGUACUAAGUGUACCUGGGGCUUAGCACACAUUCAUAAACCGUUACAUAAUGCCCCACAACAGGUACAUGUUGACACCCUGAGCUGCUGAUUUGUUUACGCCUGUUCGCUGUCACAUGAAUUACUCGGUUUCCCAGAAGUCCUCUUGGCGCAGGCGCAGAGCGCGUUGCCUGACAGUGGUAAACAGACGUCAGAAGGGAGUCUUCGCCUCGAGUCAAAACAAAACAAAACAAAACAAGUCAAAAAGACACUGAAGGAGUGAAUAUUUGGACAGCAACGACGACAGGAACUUCUACAAAACUCACCACUGAUCAAAAACGGCAACUUGGAGGGAGGUAUGUGAGGGUUUUCGCGGACUUUUUCACGGAUUGUAAACUCUGGAGUAGCAGGAGCUUAACCAGCUAACGUUACGGAGGCUGUCGUGCUGUUUUCAAAGUGCUGCGAGUGGGAGCCGACAGACCUCCGAGGCGACCCAGCUUCACCCAGCACCCGGGGAUCCGCUUCGUAGCUCGUUUAACGAGACUUCGGGCCGACGAUCGGCAGAGCUGCGGGCCGCGGUCGAAGGAGGGUUUUUAUAACCGCUUCUUCGAGCAUCGUGUGCCGCGGCCGGAGUGUGGAGAAACAUGGCAGAUGGUGACAUGCGCCUGGCCGCAAUGUGGCGGACCGUGCAGACCUGAAGCACGGACUUUUCUUCCCACAUUUCUCUCGCCCCCACACUUUUAUCAACUCAAACACUAUUAAGCCGUUACCUAAAUCUAUCCACACUUUAACUUACAGGCCACAGCGUUUCAUUCCGGUUUUUUUUUUUUUUUACUUUUAGACAGUCGAUGAACAAAACCGCUGCUUGGAUAAUCUGCCGUUUUUACACUUUGAUCUACCGGACUGGUUUGUGGCUGUUUGGGGGUAAUUUAGGGAUUUUUUAAAAACUUGGGUGGAGGUAUUUUGUCUUGUGGAGAGCCCAGACAUCACAUUGUUUACAAGUGGAGGCGGACAGGGGCUCUCUUGAGAAGCGCCUUUGUAACCAUAGCCAGCUAAUCCCUGUUUGUAACCUUCAUAGUGUUACAGUAAAAAAAGUAGGUUUGAAUCAAAAAAUGUAUAUUUAAUUUGAUAAAUUUGGUACGAAACAAAACUUUAUAUUGGUUUUUAUCUUAAAUCAUUGCCUGGUUAUACUUUCAGAAACAGUUAAAAGUAUACUUUUGUGACAUUUACUCUUUGACAAAUAUUUAAAUUGAGUGUUUAUUAAGAGGAAUGGCAUUAUUGUAUAUCCAUAUACAUUAAUGAAUUUGUAAUUCAUUUUCAGGCGAGCCUAAACCUCUGUAGAUCCAGAUGUUUUGGUGCUCGUUGCCACUCUGCCACUUUUGUUUUUAUUUCAUUCAAACAAAGGGGCUCUCGUCUCAGCCCUCCUUCAUUCUAUAUAAAUCGGAAGGUUUAUGAUAGUUACUAUUAAGGAGAUUAUUUGGGUUCCCUAAUCUCCAAUCUGAGGAUUAACCGAGGCUAUUGGUGUGUCCAGAUUAUUACGUCUCUUUUCUAGGCCCCUCAGUGGGUGAAGACUUGUUUUUGUGUCAGGAUUUUUUUUUUAACGCAUCAUCCGUUCAAAGUUAGACUAACUUUAAAGUUUAAAGGUAAAUGUUUUAAGUGGUUCCCAUCUCUGUGGUUAAGUGGAAGUUAAGCGGACCGCCAUGGAGGAGUCAUCGGUGCCCCCGAUUGACCCAGAUUUUGAGCCGCAGAGCAGACCCCGCUCUUGCACGUGGCCUCUACCGAGACCCGACAUCUCGGCUGUCAAACCGGAGGGGGGCGAUGGCACCGAAUCCGCCGCCGGUACCCCGCCCGCCGACGAGGAUAAGCCCGAGCCGCAGCAAAUCACGUCCGAGCCUGAGAAGGCUUCGGUGGCGGCCGAGGGCGGGGUCGUGGCCGGCGUGGGCGGAGCCGGUGCGACGCCCCGCAAAGGAUCAUCCAGGCGCAACGCGUGGGGGAACCAGAGCUACGCAGACCUGAUCAGCCAGGCCAUCGAGAACUCACCUGAGAAGAGGCUGACCCUGGCGCAGAUCUACGAGUGGAUGGUGAAAACAGUGCCUUACUUCAGAGACAAAGGAGACAGCAACAGCUCAGCUGGCUGGAAGAAUUCCAUCCGCCACAAUUUAUCACUCCACAACAAGUUCUUGAGGGUACACAAUGAAUCGACAGGAAAGAGCUCCUGGUGGAUGCUCAACCCAGAAGGAGGGAAGACCGGGAAAGCUCCUCGCCGUCGAGCCGCAUCCAUGGACAACAGCAGCAAACUGCUGAAGAGUCGCAUGAGAGCGAAGCAGACCAAGAAGCAGGCAGGAGCGGCCGCCGGAGGGUCACUGCAGGGUGAUGGCAGUACGGGGUCAGCGGGCGCAGACAGCCCUAAUUCGUCCCAGCAGUUUCCCAAAUGGGGGGUCAACAGUAGUAGCCCUUCAUCCCGUGGCAGCCUGGACGACACUGACAUGUGGACCACCUUCCGUCCACGCACAAGUUCCAAUGCCAGCACCCUGAGUGGACGCCUGUCCCCCAUCGCUCCUGGACAGGAGGACGACGACAACCUCCCUGAGGACGGGCUGCUGGGAAGAUACACUGCCAGCAGCUUGACCCCCACCCUCACCGAGACCCUCAUGGAAGAGCUGGAUCUGAUCGAUGGCCUCACGUUGAUGACUGGGCAGCAGGGAGGGGCCAGCCCCAGCACAGCCCCACCGGCACCUCCCACUCCGCUGCCCUCUGCCUCCACCCUGCUGCCUCGAGGCUCCAGCUUCUCUUCCUUCCAUCAGCUGCAACCAUCCAGUCUCCCGCAGGCCCCCACCCACAGUGGGACCCAGGCCUCCAUCUCUCAGUGCGGACCCAGCAGCAAGGAGCCAUCGACCUUCAGCAACUCCCUCUUCAACCCCAUGUCGAGCUCCGGGUCUCGUGGGAGCGGCCACUACAGCACACAUGUGCCCUCCAGCCUGGAAGCGCUGCUCACCUCUGACUCCCCUCCUCCCAGUGAUGUCAUGAUGACCCAGGUGGACCCCCUCAUGCCCAGUCCUGGAGGGGUAGGCCUGAUGGGUUUGGGCACAUCCGUGGUGGGUGUGAGGUCCAAACCCAAUCAGCUGCUGUUGGGUAAAGGGCUGGAGCAGAACACGGUGGCCCCCAUGGCGCUGCAGCCUCAGAUGCAGCCUCAGCAGCACCACCUUCACCAGCAGCAGCAGCAACAGCCACAACAACAACACCAGCAUCACUCUCCGAUGGGGUUGGGGAUGAUCCUCUCAGGUAUGUCUCAGGACCUGUCGCAGCUCUCAGCUCUCAAAGCCCAGCAUGCCACGGUGCCGGCUGUGGGCUCUCAUCACGGAGGGCCCGUCGCCUCAGCCAAUCCGGGUGCAGGUCUGCAGGCGAUGGGUCCGUUUGGAGCUCCGUCCUGCUUCCCCACCGGUCAGGACCGACUGCCCACAGAUUUGGACAUAGACAUGUUCACAGAAAACCUGGAUUGUGACGUGGACUACAUCAUCAACAGUGACCUCAUGGACGGAGACGGCCUUGAUUUCAACUUUGACCCCAUACUGCCUGGAGGCCAAGGUUACACGGGCCCAGCCACCACACAGGGCUCCGCUCACAACUGGGUCCCCAGCUAAUUCCUCAGCUGAACACACAGUUAGCCAGGAAUUGAUCUCCAAUCAAGAUGACCUCACUAUAUUACAAAAUAACCGGUGCAUUCCUCCUCCCUGCUGGCUGAUUUUCAAACACGACACUUCUUUUGGACUUUAAAGACAAAACCAGACCUCACUCAUGUCAUGUGCCAAGGCAUGCAGAGGACAGGGAGGAGAUCCAGGCUACUAUGCACAAUUUUUCUCCCUUUUUAAAAAAAAAAACAAAAAAAAAACAACACUUGCAACAAUUUGGCUGCUAGCCAUUUUUAUCUUUUAAUCCGAACUGAUGAUUUUUUAAGACGUGUGAAAUAAUGUUUUUAGAGUGAAAAGACAAAUCAUGAACUCCCCUCUGCUGGGAGUUUAUAUCACAGUUAUGUUUCACCAGAAUAGCUUUAGGGUCGAUACGGUACCCCUGAUCUCGAUGGCUUUGGUAAUGAAGACUUUUUUGGAGAAAUGGCCAGUUUUUCCAUCGUCACUUGCCUAGCAGGAACUGCCAGACCAAAUGCUGUGUGAUCGUGUGAACGAGGUGUAGCACUCUGCUGCACCAGCACCUCGCCUCAAGAGGGAAAGUUUCAUCGUAGAAGUCGGUAAAAACCUUGAGGGCUGCGAGUGUGUUGUGAAGAGGUAAAAGAUAAAGACUGGACGAUUGGAGGUAUAAAAUGUUAGAUUGAACAUCGGCUACACAUCUUGCCCAAUUGUGUACUUGGACUAUGAUUAUGUGUACGAUAAAAUUUCUCACUUAAGAGAAAAAACCUUAAAAGAUGAUGCUUUUUUUCAGUUAUAUUUGGUGAUUCAGUUAAGAGGGUAUGUAUUUGCAGUUUGGCAUUUUUGACUUCAAUCCAGUGUGUUAUGGUAGAUGUCAGUUAGAUGGUGUUUUUUUUUUUUUUUUUUGUUUUUUUUAAAUCCCUGAUGUGCAGUUAAACUAACAAAAUGAAGAAAUGUGAUUUGUGACAUACACGGGGCAUUCAAGGGUAAAUUUAUUUGCCAACAAGUGAUUGGUUGGCCAAGUAUUAUAUUGUCUUCGACAGCAAUAUGCCUCCACUGUCAGUUGGUCUACCUGAGUUUUUUUUUUUUUUCCUUCCUUCUUUUUUAUUUUCUUCUUCUCUCUCGAGCCUGUGCAUUUUCAAAGCACUUAGGUUUCCUGCGACACAGGGACCCCAAACUAAGAGAAUACAUCCACAUUAGGGUUAUGCCAUUUCAUUAUAAAAGAGUUUAAAUCCUGUAAAAAAAACAAAACAAAAAAAAAAAAACAUGUAAUGUACACGUUGCACAUGUACAUGAUGACACACUAUGCAGAUUUAUCAGGAGAACAAAAUGAAAUCUUGAAGGAAAUUUUAAAAAAUCACUUCUUGAAGGGUUUUGCUAUUUAACAUUUUCCUGAUAUUUUGUCGGGGUGGGGGGGGGUGCUUAAUGUCAGAAUAUCCUCUCACACUUUAAUUAUUCAGUACUAACAUUCAAGAAAUUAAUUCACAGUGUGAGAAGUACAAAAAAGAAUAUAUUUGAUUAUAGUUUUAAUAUACAAUUUAGAUGGAGGUAAUAAAUGAGAUAUUAAUACAUAUGAAUAUAUUACUAAUGACAAGUGAUGUUUUUUUUACAUUGGAGGAAGCAUUUUCAGAUAAUUUUUAACGGUAAUUUUCUAUACGUUUAUUUUUGUAAAGGAUGAGAUGCAUGUAGAUUUUUUACAUAACCAAAGGAACACUAAUAUUUGCAUUCGCAUGGCAUUUAGGGAGCGCUUGAGCCUGACACAGUAUCUCAGUGUACAUACGCUUUGCAAAAGACGCCUGUAACAUGAAAUCUGACUUUGAACGAGGCAAAGUGCAUCAAUACUUGACCAUUUUAACUAAAAAUUCCCAAUGAUCUGCCUCAUCAUUUUCUGCAUUAAUUGUGAAUCCAAGUAAAAAAAAAAAAAAAAAAAAAAAAAAAAAAAAUCUGCGCUGAAACGUGGCACGAGGAAAAGAAAAACCUCCGUCUUGCCACUUUCUCAUCUCAAAACGAGACUAAUGCAACCGUUAACCUCUCAGGGUCACUUGGAAGAAAAACAACAGGAAAACAACUCUGCACAGGCGUAAUCACAAAACGUGGCAAUAGCAAAAAAUGUUUAUAUUACACAUUUUUCUCUGUUUCGACAGACUGGAAACCAACACGCCGCAUCUUUGCUUUGUUUUCCUGGAGUCAUUUCUGUCAUGAAAAGAGUUGAUCUCAAAUUUGACUUCCCUUUCUAGAGAAAGUAUUUUAGCUCUCCAGCCAUGUUUAUCAGUGCUAGCCUAUCCUUUGUUUGUUUUGUUUUUUUUUUUGACUGCCAAUAUUUAAAACACUAUAGCAUGAUGUUACUCUGUAGCAGGAUGGACUUAUUUUGUCAUCUUCCCCCCUUAAAAUUCUGUGUUUUGUGUUGUAUGUAAUUAUUUCGUUCAUAAUCGUCAACUUUUUUGUGAUCAGAAAUAACAUCCCAGCAAUUUAAACUCGUAAUAUUCAUCAUUUCACUGUAGAUAUGUGGAUAUGUUAGCUUUUGAUUUAUAUAAAGCACUCUUUUUUUUUUCCACAAAUAUUUUUUUUUAUUUUAUUUUUUUUAUUAAUGGUGCUAGAUGUCAUUUGAGACGUAUCCUGGAGUACGCCAUGAUGCAACGGGUGCAUAUCAGGGCCCUUGAAUCUUUGAAUUUUCUGUAUUCAGCACAAGGAUUUUGAUUUGUUGUUAUGGCAGAAGUUAGCACACAAUCAACUGUCCUUUCCCCUCUUUUUUAUGUAUUUAUAUACAUGAUAAUCCCCCCAACCUGGUCACUUGAAAAGAUCUGGAAACAAAGGACCACCUUGUUAAAACUGCAUGAUUUUCUUAUCAUUUUGAAUCAUAACAUGUAAUUAUCUUAGGAAGUUGUAUGUGCAACAAAGCCCCUGUUCUUCACUAAUGGUAAGGUGUUGGAAAAGUUAUUAACAGUUGAUAGUACAGGCUGCAGCAUGUAAAGGUGGUUGGUUGGUGAGAAUCGGCUGCACCAGGCUUUGAUGUCUCUAGUUUACUUUUGCCGCCUUAAAAAGGGCAGGUGUGGUGUUAUUACUUCCCUUAUAUCUCCCCCUCUAUGUAAUUACAACUAUCUACAUAUUUUUUCUUCAGUUUUCGUUAAGUAGCUGUUAGUCCCUCUAUGUUUGCUUUGAAAUUUAAAAUUGCCCCAUUUGAUACAGUAUUUUAGUAUUCAGCGAGGGUUAUUUUGGGGGUUUUUUUUCCAUGGGGAGGGUGGGGUGGACGGGAAUGAUAAAUUGUGCAUAAGCCAAUUGUGUUUAUGAUUUUUGAUUAAUGUCGAUAGUUUUUCUUAUUCUUCUCCCCCCUUCAGUCUUUUUCUUUACACAUUGUAAAGUCAGCCAGAGAUGACAAACAGUUCUGAACAGCAGAAAUAAAUUCAAUAAACUGUUUAACCCA